AUGGCUGUCGCCCUGGCCUUUGCCGGCCCUGGCUUGGGUCUGGGAGGCGAGGCAUGGCGUCCCAGCCGUUUCAGCGCUCCACGGCGGCUUCGCUCCAGACUUCCCACGGUACUGCGAGUGACUGGGGACGACGUAAAGAACAUGCCCCGGAAUGCAACAGAAACAGAGAUCGCAGAAACCGCAGAAACCGCAGAGAGCAAAGAUGCGCCCUGGACAUUUUCAACACUGAUCUCUCUAAUCAGUGGCUUCAUUGGUUCCAUCUUGUCCUUGAAUGCAUACUCACAGUUUCGGGAGGCAACCAAGCAACGUGAGGCACUGGCACGUCAAUCCCAACGCCAACAGGUGCGGGGCAGCUCGAAAUCUGCGAGGAUUGUGCAGCAGUUGGGUGGAUCACUUUUGGACGCAGAGGCUGAGUCACCUCUAUUCUCUUUGGGGCCCGUGCCACCAUGCACCCCUGCUUCCAAUCUCAGAGGUCCAGAUCGACAUUUCACCAUCAUCACCACGGCUGCACUUCCAUGGCGCACCGGGACUGCAGUGAAUCCCUUGCUGAGAGCAUUGUACCUUGCAAAGAGUGGCAAGCCAGUGAUACUCUACAUUCCAUUUCUGGAAAAGAAAGACCAAGGCUAUGUCUUUGCAAAGGGCGUUUCUUUUGAUUCACCUGAGGAUCAAGAGAAGGUGGUUCGAGAAUGGUGUAAGGAACGAGCAAAGAUGGAUUUGAACACAUUGAAUUUGCAGUUUCGCUGGUACGCUGCUAAGUACACACUUUCCUUGGGAAGUAUAUUCCCAGCAGGAGAUUGCACACAAAAUUUGCAGCCGUUGGACCCCAAGGAUGUUUUGAUCCUGGAAGAGCCUGAACAUUUGUGCUGGUUCCAUUCGGGUCAGCGAUGGCCCAACCUGUUCAGACAUGUCAUUGGAAUCGUCCACACAAACUACGCAGACUACAUGGAAAUUGAUCAGACUUUGCCCUUGGAGUUGAAAGAAGGAUCCGUCUUUGCAGCCUCAACACUGGUCUGUAGCGCCUACUGCGAUGUGAACAUCAAGCUGUCGGACACCAUCAUGCCCUUACCCAACGAGGUAACCUGCAAUGUUCAUGGUGUUCGCUCAGAAUUCCUGGCCAUUGGUGACAGGAGCCACAAGUCCGCAGAAGGGGCUGCCAAGGCCUACUAUCUCGGCAAGGCACUGUAUCCCAAAGGAUGGCGGGAGCUGCUGGACUUGUUGAUCACAGCAGGGCCAGAGCUCAGCGAUUUGGUGGUUGAUGGCUUCGGCUCAGGCCCCGACUACGACGAGAUUGUGGAAGAGGUGAAUGGUUUGAGCGAGAACUCGGCAAAACUCAACAUGCACCCUGGUAUCGACCAUGCUGAUACACCCAUCCAUGGAUACGGCGUCCUUAUCAAUCCUUCGACCAGUGAUGUUCUUUGCACAGUGACCGUCGAAGCGCUAGCCAUGGGGAAACAUAUCGUUCUGGCCCGGCAUGUGUCGAAUAACUUCUUCGAGCGCUUCAAGGAGAGAUGCCACUUCUUUGAGAUUGGUGAUGUUAACAGCUUCACGAAAGCGGUGAGGGAAGCUUUGGCAGCAGGCGAUCCUACUCCUUUGGCUCCAGAGGACAGACACACCCUCAGCUGGGAAGCUGCUGUGGAGAGACUUUUUGAUGCAGCUGAGGUGCGUGUUCUUUCUGGUCCAUUUGAGAGACCGUCCGAAGCAUCUUUUUCAAGAUUGGCCUAUGACCUCCACUUUGGUGUCAUGAAAGAUGACACUGUUCUGGGCGAUAUCGUCCGUAGAACUACUUUUGGAGAGGAGGAGUGGCCCAGCAUUUUAGCUCAGCUACAGUGGGAAUUUCAAGCAGACUUGGGUGCGAUGCGGAAAACGCUACAAAAGACAACCGCAGAUGGCAGCUGUGGGAGCAUUGUAUUGGCCUCAAACAAGUUCCGCGGCUGCUCCAAGCUUGACCAGUUCAAUGUGGAACAGAAUUUAGAAUGCAUGAUUGCAGCUGACGAAUACUAUUCCAAGCAGCGGUUAGAACCGCCCGGAUCUCGAGCAAGCUGGAACGCUCGGGACCAGCACAUGAUGACUACCAUCCUUAGACUACGCGCACACUCUCGCGAGCUUUUCGGCCUCGACGAAAAGGACAUGAAGAUCAUUGUCUGGGCGCACAACUCCCAUGUGGGCGAUGCAACUGCAACACCCAUGGGAGGGAUGGACUUUCAACGGAACGAGAAGUGGAAUUUGGGUCAGAUGUGCAGAAGCAAUUUGGAAUCUGUUUUCAUCGUCGGUUUCUAUUCCUAUUGCGGGGAAGUGCGUGCAGCCAAGAAGUGGGGAGGCGAAGGACAAGUUAUGGCGCUAUCUCCAGCGGUUCCGUACUCUUUCGAGCACCGCAUGCACGAAUGGUUCGCGGGGAUGCAUGCCUACUUCCCUCUGCAUAGAUUUCGAGAUGCCUCAAAGAAGUUUGAGUAUGUGCCAUUGAAAUCUCCUUUGAACAUAGCGUACAGGGCAGUUCACCCCAUGGUGCGAGUCAGCAAAGAUCUGCAACGCUGUGAGGAAGAUGAAGCCUUGAAGCAUAAACAUCAGACGCUAGAUCCACAGAAGUCCUUCAUUGCAGUGAAGCGGCUACAGAUUGGAAGAAAUGGUGAGGUGAUCCGCUUGCAAAUCAAGGGCUAUGACAGGGGUCAGUAUGAUGGCUUUUGGGUGAACGAGUACACCAGGUAUGGCUCAAGAACCAUCCACUGUUUGCCGGCGGAGCAUUUGAAUGCCCUGUCUGGACCUGUGAGCCCAGAAAAGCUGCUCAUGGUUGCAAACUUCCCAAUUCUUCAACGCUGGGUCGGAGUACAAUACCAUCCAGAAACGGAAAUUGAAUCCCACUAUGGCGAGAUGUCAGUGGCAAAGUGCUAUGAUCUAGCAGUUUUUGUGGACAAGACCCGGGCUCUGGAUGUAGACAUGACUCCAGCGCUGGCCGUAACAGUCUCUGCGGCUCUGGGUGAGGAGAGGCAAAACACAAGCGGCAAAGCCGUGGUCACUGCCAGCCACAACCGACGACUGAUGAUGGAGUACCGGCGGAUCCUGAAGAACCCCAUUGAGUACAUUGAGACACGGCCUUUGGACACAAAUAUUCUCGAAUGGCAUUUCGUGCUGACUGGGAACCAAGAUCCAUACACGGGCGGUCACUUGGGCAUCCUGGAGUUCCCGGACGACUUUCCCAUGAAGCCGCCAUCGAUCAAGCUGUUGACGCCCAGCGGGCGCUUUGAGAUCAACAAGCGAAUCUGCCUUUCAAUGAGUGAUUUCCACAAAGAGUCUUGGAAUCCCAGCUGGACGGUGGAGAAAAUCCUCAUCGGUUUGAUGAGUUUUAUGUACGAGGAGAACUCCGUCUCCAUUGGCUCAAUUUUGGAGCCCAAAGAGGAUCGACGGAGAUAUGCUGCAGCUUCUGCAUAUUUCAAUGCUCAAAACGAGAUUUAUGUACAGCUCUUUCAGACGCCGGAUGAAGCGGAGGAGGAGGACAACAUUCGCAAAUUACGCAAAGUGGCAGCAGCAGCCGAUGAAGCAGAAAGCGACAAGGCUUGCAGAUAUUGCUUGGUGGAUUCUGGUGACUUAGUAGCCCCUUGCGAAUGCAAGGGGAGCGGUCAGUGGGUGCACUUAAGUUGCCUGCGGCAAUGGCAGAAGUCAGUGCUUCUCACGCAGUCAACGCACCCCAAAUACCAGACACGGAUCGACGAAAUUUGCAACGUAUGCGAGCGACCCUUCAAAGAAGAGUUUAAGCCCAGAAGCCGUCGUGAGGCAUUAUUGGAAUACACUGGAGAGGAGCUGCCAAAAUUGAUUCAGAAAGGCAACCUUCUGGCGAGCUCAAGGCCCAAAUCUGAGAAGAACGGUGAGCUCAUGCGUCAGCAGCGAGGAAACCUGGCAGCCCGGCUGGGCCACUUCACUGAAGCGGUCUACGUCAUUUCCCUGUGCGAACCCUACAACCCGAACAAACGGGGCGGAGGAGCAGUCCUGGGAGUGAACCUGGUCCAAAAAGUGCCGGAUCCGUUGGAGCGCACGUCGCGACCGCUGCUGAACCAUGGUCCCGAUGUGGAGGUCACCACCUAUCCCAGAGAAGAAUGGCGGCGUCACUAUGCAUCCUUAGUGCAGGUGUUGAAACAGUCGCGGGUGAUCAGCGCUGUGGAGCACUACUUGGGAGGUCCAGUUGAGCCCGCAGAGGCGUUUGCACUGAUAGACUUGCCCGCUCCGGUGCUUGAAACUGCUAGAACCGCUUCCAAUGCAGUUGCUGAUCCCGGAGUACGGCGGCAACUGGCGAGCUGCUUCGAGCUAAUGACACCUCAGCGAAUAGCCCAAGUCUGUUCGAGGCUUCGGGUCAAAGGAAGCAUCUAUUUUGGUGAGUUAUCGGUCAUUCUGGGAUUACUUGCCAGUGUCUUCGUGCAUGUGGGACCAAGCGAUGGCCCUAUGUUGGGAGAUUAUCCGGUCAAGGUCUUCUGGGGGUAUGCAUCAUGGAAUGCUACCCAGCUGCUUGGGGAAAUUGCCCGCCGUGGUUGGGGAUUAGUGGUCACUGAUGCGACUUUGUCCUUCUCAUGCUGGGACCAAGAAGUUGCUUCAUGGGAACGGGUAGUGGACAAGAGCAUCGUUGCUCGAGAAAGCGAGUAUUCCACGUAG